UAAUGCAUGUCUGUUUUCGAAAUUGCCGACAAUAUUAUUUCAUGAUACUAAGUACAAUUCAUACCUUGUAAAUUUAUCAAUUAUAAUAUAAUUUUAGAUAAUCAUAUGAAAUUAUUUCUUAAUUAGAUAUAUUUUUAAACAUUUUUUAAUGGCUGAAUUGGGAAGAGUUAAGCAAUGGAAUACAUUUGCUCGCUGUUGGCAUUUAUUUGAUGCUACUUGGCAAAACCCUUUGGAAUGUGCAGCAACUAUUGAAAAAUAUCUAAAAGGACUUCACAAACCAAUUUAUCAUCCUUAUGUGGAUUCUGGUGAUCAUGUUGUAGUUAUUAAUAGUAAAAAGAUUGCUUUUCCUGGUGAUGAAUGGCGAAGACGUGUAUAUUUUCAUCACACUGGCUAUCAAGGUGGAGCAACUUGGACACCAGCUUGGCAAUUGCAUGAUAAAGAUCCAACAAUGAUUUUUAGAAAAGCAAUUUAUCACCACAUGAAAGGAAAUUUAUUUAGAAGAGUAGUUAUGGAAAGAUUACAUAUUUAUCCAGAUUCAAAAGUACCAAAUGAAAUAAUGGAAAAUGUCACUAACCAGAUCAGACCGCUUCGGUCUAUUCCAAAAACUUUAGAUUCAUAUAGUCCAGAGGAAAUUGAAAAAUAUCCUAAAAUUAUAGAUUAUCCUGAGGAUUAUGUUUUGAAAAAAAAAGAAUAAUUGUUAAUAUAUUUAUUUAUUAUAAUGUCUUUUUUAAUCACUAUAAAAGAUAAAAAAACAAGACGUGAAAUAACUAAUUUUAAGAAAGUGUCAGUUAUUUGUUAUCGCACUAACAAAGUUUGUGAGUAUUUGGAUUUACUUUUGAUAAAAAAUUCACCUAGAAACCUCAUAUAAAAGAAAUUAAAUAUAAAGUAGGGCCUAGCUUCAAAAUCACCAAUGUAUUAUUUUACUUUAAUCGGGGAGCUGAUUGGAACAUACUAUUAAAAAUAUACAAAACAAUCAUAAUACCCAAGAAUAUAGUUCAAUAAUAUUCAAUUCAGCUAAUUGAGAACGUAUACACAAUUAGAAUCUUUACAUUGUUUAAGUCUCUGACUAUCAUCUGAACUUUUUAGAACUAGCCCAACAGUUAAAUACUAUGCGAAUUAAAUGAAUUUUACCGUUAGUACUAAAACUACACUAAAUCACGUCUGACGGACGUUAAAAAUAUAGAUAAGUGUGUAAUCACACAAUUACACUCUCUCUUAUACCAACCAGUAGCAAUAAAUCCACUGAAAAUACUACCGCAAACACUUCUACAACGCUUCAUAAAAUACAGUAAGUCAAUUUUUCUUCCACUAACAAAGGUAAUACAUAAUAAAACAUUAAACCAACCAUACCAAAAAAUUAAUUUUUAAGAGUCAAUAUAAAAUAAUCGGAAUUUAUAAAACAAAUACAGAUCAAGAAAUCUUUCAAAGCAAGUUUAUUAAUAUCAUUAAAACUAAAUUAUUCGAUUAACACUAGUGAACUAUCAUUGUAAUUAUUUAAAGUCUUGUAAACGAGCAUAUGAUUGAUGUUAAAACCCAAAAUAUUAAGUAAAAAAAAUAUGUUUUUAAAACAAAUUUCUGUAAAAUUUGUUCAUAUUUUUAUUUUUAAAUUUUAUGUUUUAGUUUAUAAUGUUUCUUUUAGAAUAUUACUUAUUUGUUAUAAAUCAUGCAUUCAAAAUGUAUUCUUAGUUUGAAUUAUUGUUUAUUAUUAAAAAUAUUAACACACUUGAGCAAAAAUUUGUUAUAGUAUUGUAGAGCAAAUUAAAAAAAUUUAUUAAGAUCUUA